CUAGAAAAUUUCCAACUUGAAACCUGUUAUCUUCAACUCAAAUACACACAUUUCAACCACCAUGAAACCUACAAAAUGAGCCGAGAAAACCAGAAACCACAAAAAAAAUACUCGCCCGAUUCGAGUACAAAUCAUAUUAUGCGCACAUCUCAACCAACUAUGGAACCAUCGGAUACUAUCCGAUACAUCCGCCGAAAAGAAGAAAUUGAGCAAGUUUCCCGACCGGCUCCGCCUCCGUAUAUCGGUCAAGCGAUUCCACGUGUUAAACCAAUAAGAACUUUCCAGAAAGGCAAUAAUAGCGUUGGAGAGAACAGUCGUCCAACAUCACGCCGGUUUGAUACAUUUGGGGAGAAUGCGCUCGAAACGAUUUACGACCAAUUCAAGUUUCUGGAUGAAUCGGAAGAGCCUGCCACACAGACCCCAACAUCGGUCAACAGUUCACGACCUAUUAUGGCCAGGAACAAUAAGAAACGAGACGGAAACCGACGGCCUGCAAUGCUCAUAUACUGUAUUUUACCACUAUUGGAAUUGCUGGCUGCUAUCGCAAUAAUCAUCACCUCCUUUUUAACAGAUAGGAAAAAUUGGGAACCAACACCAUCCGAAAAAUCCGACACAUCGCCUACUACCGAAGCAAUGCGGAGUCUCUCCAUACAAAAUGCGCUCUCUACAAUUAUCCCAGCCUUCUUUCAAAUCAUCAGUUCGUUUUUCGGCUUCUGGCCGAUGUUCCCAUCGUUUCUCCGGAGAUCUGCUCAGCUCUUACACAUUUUUUUCAAUUCAGUUGUGAUAACAUUAUGGUUCAAUGCAAUCUACGACUUUUUCUACAAAGUCGCAAUGGAGCACGUUUUGCAACCAGAAGCCACCGAUGAAAAAUUUGUGAUUAAUCUGAUAGUUGGAUGUUUUAUCUAUUUUGCGACAGUUGUUUUAUCCGCUAUCACAUUGGUUGUUACGGUUUUUAACAUUUAUCUAAUGAGAAAAACGAUUCAAAAGUCACUAACAGCAAUAUCAGUUUCCCUUGGGACAGUGCUGUUUUCACUUUCAACCACGGUUAUUGGAGUUUUCAUGGCACAAACCAAUUUGACUGGAACAAGAAGUUUAUCUGAUUCCUCAACAAUGUAUGCAUAUGGUUUAAAAGAAUCAAUCGUGUUCGUAUUUGUGGUAAUUGUUGCAAUUUUCUCUUUAAUCGUUGCGACACAAAACUGCUCACAAAUGAUGCUCGCUGCUAUAAUUGGCCAAGGAAUAUGCAUAUUAUCAAUAUCUAGUGAACUAUUCACUUCUGAACGGAUCUCUGCAAUUUUUAACGAAUUGAAAAGUUUUGAAACUGCCGGAUCUACUAUUGAAAUUGGAAUAGUCCUCUUAAACGGGUGUGCAGUGGUGUCACUACUCGUAUUGGUCCUUCAAUUGAUUGUCUUUGUAUUCUGCGUCUCUCCAAUCUCCACACUCUCUGCCUCGUCAAUCGGUUCUACGAAUUCCUUACUUUUACUUGACAACAAUCGAAAUCCCAGUGGCAGCAAUCGAGUCGAGAGAACCGCGUUUUGAACGUUUGCUCAACUUUCUCCGCUCUUCCCCUUUUUCACUUUUUCUCCAAUUCUUUCAAAAAAUAAAACUAUUUCUUCAUU